AUGUCCCCGCUCCCAAUCCUCGUCGUGAACCCAAACACGACCAAGUCCAUGACCGACGGCCUCGAAGCAGCACUCGGACCGAUAGUCGCGACAGGACAGCUACCCCCGCCUACGUUUUUCACCGCACCGACAGGCAUCGCCUCGAUCAACAACUCAGAAGACUGCCACGCCUCGGCCACCGCCGUCCUCCCACACCUCCUCAACUCGCCUUCCUCCUCCUCCUCCUCCUCCUUCGAUGAAUCCCUCGCCUCCUCCUACUCCGCCAUCCUCAUAGCCUGCUACUCCGUCCACCCACUCGUCCCGCUCCUCUCCGCGCGCCUCGCACCCCUCCCCGUUCUCGGGAUCUUCGAAGCCUCCAUCCUCGCCUCGCUCGCGCUCCUCCGUGCACCAGGCGAGAAGUUCGGGAUCGUAACUACCGGCGCCGUAUGGGAGUCGAUCCUCAGCGACGGAGUGACCGACUUCCUUGGCAUCGAGGUGGGCCAGAAGUCGUCCAAGUUCGCGGGCGUACAGACGACCGGCCUGAACGCAGUCGAGUUGCAUUCCACGCCUGAGACGGAGGUCACGCGUCGAUUGAAGGACGCUGUGAAGCGGUUGAUCCGACAGGCGCAGGAGGACGGAGGGAGGUUGAGGGCGGUUUGUCUCGGGUGCGCGGGGAUGGUUGGGUUUGAUGAGGCUGUUAGGGCGGGGUGUGUCGAGGAGCUGGGAGAAGCGGAGGGGCGGAGAGUGGAGAUUGUGGAUGGGGUCAAGGCGGGGUACGUUCUGCUCGAGGGGAUGGUGCGGGCGAGAGCGUGA